CUGUUGAGCAAUUAUAGGUAGUAUUUAUUAAGGACUCCAUUCUUAAGGAUCAGGCGGUAAGAUUCACCUCACGCCAACAACGUUCAAGAUAGGGCUGAAUUUACCACGGGUCGUUUCUUGUGGUAGAAAUUCUUGCUUUUAUAAGAUGACAUUAUUGCCAAAUGAUAUGCAUCGAAAUAUUCUUUAUGAGAUAGGUGCUACAUAGGUAGUUUAGAAAUGCCCAGCGAGGCUAGGACAACAAUUAUUCUACGCCCUUCAAUAUGACAGCCCCCUCGAUACCCCGUAAACGAGCUCAUAAGCCUAAAGUUCGUUCUGGGUGCGUCACAUGUAAAACCCGAAGAGUCAAAUGUGGUGAAGAACGGCCUAUAUGCCGUCGUUGUCAGAAAAGCUGGCUACCUUGUAAAUAUAAUUCUCCCGAGACGAACCAAGGAGAGCACCAUAGCCACGCCAAUGAGCAGGCUGUAGUCUCGUUUCAAGCCGAAACCAGCGAAAAAUCCGGUUCACGGCUACUUCCAAGAGUGCAAAGAGAUGACUUCCAAGACCUUGAUAUCAUUUACUUCGACCUCUUUCGAAGCGCCAUCGUGAAGAACCUCUGCCUGAAUGGAUACACGAAUUUUUGGUCACGAACCAUACUUCGAGAAAUAUUCAGGGAUGAAUGUGUUCGUGAUUGCGUGCUUGGAAUUGGUGCAUUACGCCGAGCUAUGAUGGAGGACACCAAAGAUGCAAGUUCCUCAAAGUCGAAGGCACUCUGGGUUGUCCCGAAGAUUGCUACUACCUCCCUAAGUACGAGGUAUCACAGAGAUGCGAUCAAAUAUUACACCAAGUCAAUCUCGAAGUUUCGAUCAAGAAUGUCGCAGGAAGGAUCCUCCACCCCUUCACGGACAAUUCUCAUCCUCAGCAUUCUUUUUGUCAUGUUCGAGGCAAUUCAGGGGAACAGCGAAUCCGUCGAUCGGAUCAUGCAAGCCGCAAUAUUUGCGCUAGAAGAUUGCACGCCUGGUCUGGGUACCGAAAACCAGGGGUCAAACUCCCUGGAUGACGAAGGCGUUCGGGAGGCGGACUACUUCCUCACUCGCUUCUCCGGAUAUAGCUCCUUACUCUGCCCAUUUUAUCCAUCACUGCUGAAAGGUCCGGCCUCCCAUAGGAACUGGUCGCUGGCGGCAAAAAUACCGAGUUGGUCGGACGAUUUGCGACAAAUCGAACUCGCUUUCGAACGUUAUACGACUUCUUCCUUGAUAUGGAGUUUUCGAUCUUGCCAGGCCCAUGUAUUCAGCCGUCCGAUAGACCAUGAAAAGAACCGAGACGAGCAGCUCAUCAUCUACCUCCAAGCCCACGACUGGUGUAAGUUCCUAACGAGGAAAUUGGACCAAGAAACGGACUCUCUUCGGCGCCGGACUUGGAAGAUGAUGCUAGUCGAGGCCAAGAUGUUUACGAUUUAUACAAGAUAUUCCCGUAGCGCAGAGGAACGGGAGCUCCUUUGGGAUUUCCGGAUAGACGAGUGCAGCGAAGUCAUUGCCCUCGUAGAGUCGAUCUUAGAUGAACUAACUUCGCGCACGACGUUGCCGCCGCUUUUCGAGGAUAAAUUACUCCCGACUCUGCGUUGCUUGGUAUGCAAAUGUCGCGACUAUGAGACUAGGAUGAAAGCACUGGCGCUCUGCGAACGACUGUCUGGGCCGUGGUUCGAGAAUCGUGCGGUCUCGGUCGGUAUGCGGAUAAUGAUAGAACUGGAAGAAAGAGAUAGAGAUGAGUUCGGAUUCAUCCCCACAGAGUCGAGGUAUAGGUGGAACACAUCGUCGUUUAACGUCGAUCGUACCGAAUUGCGGAUGGGGUUAAUAAGUACGAUAACCGGCGCUCGUAAGGAAUUGACCAUACGUCAAGAUGGGAAUAUCGACGAUCUGAUCCAAAAACUGACAGCAUCACCUUCUCAAUUAAUUAGCUAGGUAUUAGAUGUGAUAGGGGGGAACUUACCUCGAGUUGAUAGAAGGCGAUUCGCUUGCACUAAAAAAACAAGUACACUUGACCACAUUGGCGUCUUGAUUCAUUG